AUGGAUUCUGUAAAGGGGAAAGGGAAGAAAAAUAUGGCGGUCAAGGCAUGGGAGCGAUGCCGGGUCAUAUGUCGCGGAGCCAAGAAGUCGGCAGUGUACCCAUUUAGCCCUUGGAGUUCUUUCUCAGAGAGCAAACCCUCAAAGCGAUCAGAAGUUGAUAAGCCUAAAACAAAGUACCCAGUGCCUCCCAAAGGUUACUUCCCAGUCUACGUUGGAGCCCGGAAACAGCGGUUCGUGAUCAAGACCCAGUUUGCUAACCACUCACUAUUCCAGAUGCUGCUAGAGGAGGCUGAACAGGAAUAUGGAUAA